UCGAGUCACCUAUGACACCAAGCCUGACAACCUCCUGCACUUGAUGGUGAAGGACUGGCAGUUGGAGCUGCCCACCCUGCUCAUCUCCGUUCACGGAGGUCUCCAAAACUUCGACCUCCAGCCCAAACUCAAGCAAGUGUUUGGCAAAGGCCUGAUCAAAGCCGCCGUCACCACCGGGGCUUGGAUCUUCACGGGUGGAGUCAACACGGGAGUGAUCCGUCAUGUCGGAGAUGCCUUGAAAGAGCAUUCCUCCAAGUCACGAGGGAAGGUGUGCGCAAUAGGAAUUGCUCCAUGGGGGAUCUUGGAAAACAAAGAGGAUCUUAUCGGAAAAGAUGUAACCAGACCCUAUCAGACGAUGGCGAACCCGCUGAGCAAGCUGGCUGUGCUCAACAACAGCCACUCCCACUUCAUCCUAACUGACAACGGCACCUGCGGGAAGUAUGGCUCUGAGGUCAAACUCCGCCGGCUGCUGGAGAAGCACAUCUCCCUGCAGAAGAUCAACACGCGUUUGGGUCAGGGGGUUCCUCUAGUGUGUCUGAUAGUGGAGGGAGGUCCUAACGUGAUCUCCAUUGCACUGGAGAGUCUGAGAGACGAGCCUCCCAUCCCCGUGGUGGUUUGUGACGGCAGCGGCCGAGCUUCUGACAUAAUUUCCUUUGCACACAAGUUCUCAGAGGACGGAGGCCUGGUUAAUGAUGAUGUCAGAGAGCAGCUUUUGGUGACUAUUCAGAAGACUUUCAAUUACAGCAAAAGCCAAUCGCAGCAGAUCCUGCUCAUGGUUAUGGAGUGCAUGAAGAAAAGGGAAUUGGUGAGUAAAAGAAUAAACUGAGUAAAACCCCCAUAAAAGUGAAAAAUAAGGUGUUCGUCUCUUUAAGCUCCACAUAUUUCACAUUUAUCUUGUAAAUGAAAAAA